ACCAUGCAACCGUAAGUUCAUGAAAUGGGAUUACAUGACUUUAAAGCAGAGGCGUACAGACUUUAAAUCGUGACUAAAACCAUCCUUCCAGGAAGGUGCCCCCCACAAAGACCCCACGCGUCAAGACUCAACAGAGCAGAGCCACUGCGAAGCUUGCUCUGCUUCUCUUUACCUCGCCAUCUGUGCUCGCCUUUGGCUUUCUCUCUGGCGGCCAUUCCUUCCUUUGUAGGGUCAUCAGCCAGUUUUCACCAGUCUUACGAUGGACACAAUUCUGGGAAUCGCCAACAAUGCCAUCAGUCUCAUCGUUCAAAAAGUCAGCGACGUCAGUGUAGUCAAAGAGAAGAUGGAUGCUUUGGAAAUGAAUAUGCGAAUGGUGUCGGCCAGGAAGGCGGACAUAGUUUCGGAACUAGAGCAGGAAGAGAGGAGACCGGGGAAGAAAAGGAAGAGACAAGUCGACGCGUGGAUGCAAAAUGCAGCAUCUCUGGAGGAUCAAGUCCACAAGGUGGGACGGAAGGUGAAAGAGGGGCGCUUCUUUUCUAGUCUCAUGUUGGAGAACCAGGUGAGUGGCCUCGCGACUCAAGUGGACAAAUUGCAUGAGAUGGGUAGAUUUGAUAACGGUCUCAUGCUGGAUGUGAAACUGGCCCGAGGCUAUGAGCUACCACCUGGUGAACCAGCGGGAAAAUUUACAUUUGUAAUUAACUUUUAA